GAUUCCCCCAGUAUCAUGAGAUCUGGGGGCGUGUCUGAUAAACAACAAGAGGCUCAUAAAAUGAAGCUGUACCUACUCUCCGCUCUUCUCUUCCUGGCCUGCACUGAUGCAGUGCUCGGCGGCCAACCAGCGCUUACCUGGCUCAAGAACCUUCAAGGAAUUAUUGCCACCCAUGCUGCUCAAGGACAUCGGCUGCACAAGAGACAAUCUGAUGCUUGCAAUACAGACAUCACUGAGUCAUUCUCACCUUCUUUCCAGCUAUGCCAGCAGGAGCUGACUGAUGUGUUAAGUUUCAGUGCUGACGAAGCUGAAGUGACAAAGUUCUGCCAUGAUAAGUGUGGCCCUCUUGUCAUUGAUUUUUCCGAAAGACUUGCCAAAGACUGUGGCAUUCCAGAUGCAGCGCCUGACAUGAAUGUGAAGGAAAUCAUCAACUCUACGUGUCUCUAUGGCCCAGGCAACACUUUGUGUGCUCUCCUGUGGAGGAAUGUUCUCAUGAAUCCUCCUCAGACAUACUAUACUUGUAUCUCUGACUAUGUUCCUGGCCAAGCUUGUCCAGACUCCUGCAAGACUGCUGAAGCCUGGGUCAACACCAACGUAGGCUGCUGCUACCGUGCCUACCUGGACUUCCUAGACUCUCAAGGAGCCGAUGAAGGUGUACUAACAGACGACUUUUGGACCACGUGCGGUGUGAAGGAGCCUCAGAAGUGCCUCCCCUGAAUGUGAGCACUAUAUACGGAGGACAAGAGCGAGCUAGCUGCUUUACUAAGCUAAACAGACUUGGUUGUAAAAAAAAUUGUAUGCAUUUUUGUCAAGAUGAUAAUUAUUAGGGAA